AUGACCUCUCAAGCCGUAGCUGGUCAUUCUGCCUUGCAUAAGUUUCAGGUUCCAACCGCUGUCCAGCCACUUCCAGCCACUUCACAAUAG